CGUACCCACCUUCCCUUUAACAAAGUUAAAGAUGGCGGAUGGAAAAAGCGGUGCUACCGGUUCUACACCAGAAACUUCUAUAAAGAGGCUUGACUUUAAGAAGCAGACACUAGACGAUGCGUACGCAGUACCGGCUAAUUUAUUAGAAAUAGAAGUUAGCAAUCCAGAGACUCAUGGACUAGCUAGAACUCGCUACACCGAUUAUGAAGUCAAAAUGAAGACCAACAUACCUGUCUUCAAAAUAAAAGAGUCCUCUGUUAGGAGACGAUAUAGAGAUUUCGAGUGGUUAAAAAAGGAACUAGAGAGGGAUAGCAAAAUUGUUGUACCUCAGUUGCCUGGCAAAGCUGUUAAGAGGCAGUUGCCAUUCAGAGGAGAUGAUGGCAUCUUUGAUGAUGAUUUUAUUGAGGAGAGAAGAAAAGGGCUAGAAGAGUUUUUAAACAAAGUUGCUGGUCACCCUCUGGCACAGAAUGAGCGCUGUCUACACAUGUUCCUGCAAGAGCCAAUCAUUGAUAAGAAUUAUGUCCCUGGGAAGGUUCGAGUUAACAAUUAAUGACAGUUUAUGUUAUGAAGAUAGCAGCAGCUAACUAUGGCACAUUUAUACAUUAUGCAAUUGUUAUCAUUAUUAUUAUUAUUAUUAUUAUUAUUAUUAUUAUUACGAUUAUUAUUAUGUGGAUAUUAAUUAGUAGUUGUGCUUUUUAGUGUUAAUUUAAGUAAUUAUUUUAAAUGUUGA